UGGAGAUUCACAGAUCGGUUCACAGUCUGACACCGUAGUCAGUCAGUCAGUCGGUCAGGUGUACGGUACGAGCCACACACACGCAUCGGCCACUGCCGAGAUCAAUAAACGUAUAGCACAUAGCAUAUCGUGCUUGAACACUGACAGCAUGACAGCAUGAUGUGACCCAUUCAUCUUCUCAUACGCACCCAUAUAUUUGUAUAACGGAGCCUUCCUUCACAAUUAAUGCCCACCAAAGGCCCAGCCAGCCUAGUUAGUCCCAAUCAAAACAAACACAACCCAAUCACCCCGGGCCCCCGCAAACCCACCCCGGCCGACACAUCCAUGCCACGCCAGGCAUCAAUCACAUCCGUUGGCCGUGCUACUUACUGUCCCCCAGCCGCCCCUCACACCGAGUGUGCGAGACUCGGCGAGUACGCUGAUUGUGCGGGGGACGGCAAAGCAUGUGGAGGGGGUGGCGGGGGCCGUGACGGCGGCGGGGGUAUGUUGGCUGCCGGCUCCGGGCUCAUGGGCACCACAUACUCAUACUCUUGCUCCUGCUGCUGAUUCUGCUGCUGCUGCUGAUAGGGGACAUUCCAGUCGGCUGGUUCGUUCAUCUGAGGUAUCGCUGGCAAAGGUGGCGGGGGUGGUGGGGGAGGGUGAAGGGGUGGGGAGUUGAGGAUGGGCGAGCAGGGGUCAUAGCUCGACUGGAGAGGGGGUCGUGGCGGCGCUCUCGACGGACAUCGAGGACCCAUCAUGCUGUUCAAGAAGGAGGGGCCCCGCGAUUGGCAGCCCGACAGAAAUGGCUCCUGGUUCGGGGCACCUGUUAGUUAACAAUCACAGUUAGUCACACAUGCACACAAAUGGCCGGCCGGCCAUUCACUAAACCCAUGUAGUGUCGUGUGUACACGUGACAGAUGCUCACGUGGCUCCUUUGGCUACCUCUAUUGGCCACUUGAUGCAUCGUCAACGGCUCUCCAAGCCCAGCGUCGGCCCCCACAUCCUGACCCCCAUAGUACCCCAUGCCGCCAGAUGCACGAUCGGCCUCCUGCUGCUGGUGGUGGUGCUGCUGCUGGUGCGGGAAGCCACCACCGAACCUAGCGCCGCCACUCGCCGCGAUUGCGUUCACAAGUGGCUGUAGUCCCUCCUCCAGCAUGUGCUCAUCGCGACUCAGCGACGGCAUCGACGGACGGUGGGGAGGGGGCUGCUGCUGCUGAUGCUGCUGCAGUGAAGGGCCAGUGGGUGAAUGCGGCGCGAGAAAGGGGGGCCAAUCGUUGCUAAAGAACGGUCCUGGGCGCAUCAUGCCCUGCUGCUGAGGAGGGAUGUGGUCGGGCUGCCUGUCCACGGCCAUCAUGUUGUUCAUCCCCUCUCCGCCCUCCAUCAUCCCGCCAACGCCAUCGGCUCCUGCAGCCCGGGCCUCGCUGCCGACCCCUGUCCACCGUGGCAAGGCCGAACCCAACAGAUGGUCCCACUGCUGCCGUGGGACCAUCCUGUCGCCGAAGCCGUUGGGGCUCAACACGUCACCGACCCACUCCUGUGGCACUUGCUGGUUCACCGGCUCAUAGGCGCCGCCCGAGGCGGCUGGCGUCCUCCCAUCCGGAUCCACCCAGCCCGCCUGCAUGAAAGCAUCCUCGGGCUGCUCUAGAUCUGCCUGCUGCCUGCUGCCGGGGGAGGCGCCCUGCGACAAGGCGAGAGAGGAGACCAGCUGUGGUGCCGGUGGUCUGGGUGCCGGGGCCGGGUCUGCGUCGGGAUACGAGACGUUUUGGCGCCGCCUAGGGAAGAGCCUGGCGAGUUGGUGUUGGUGUGGUCGCAGAGUAUUGGGUAUGUGGCUGCCAGUGGUUGGUGCGGGGCGGGGCACCACAUGGGGGCCGGGUGAGGGCGUGUUGCCCAUGAGUGCAGGCAGGUCGCCCCAUCCCGGGAUGGGGCGCCUUGCGGUCCUUCCGGUGCGUGGGAGUGGGGGUGAGUGGCGGGCUGCUCGAGGGCCGGGGUGCUGAUGGUUGGUGCUGGUGACGCUGUCGAGCAUCUUCAUCUGCUGCGCCUGGCCGCACCAGACAGACACAGAGAAGAACACAAACCGGAUGAUUGCUGAUCGAUCGUGACGACUGUGGGUGUGUGUUGUGUUGCGUCACGUCAUUGCAUACAUAGAUACAUACCGCCGAUUGUCGGAGGUCCAGCCGACACAUGGGACAGUUGUGGGCCUUCUCGAGCCACACAUCGAGACACCACUGCAGGCAAACACAUCCAUCACACUCAUGAUCUCCACAUGUAUAUACACGUGUGAGUGGCACGUGCCCUCUUUCCGUUCCUCACCACGUGGUAUUUGUGCCCGCAUUUGUCUACCCUUCGGAUGAGGGUGAGGGUCUCGAAUUCCUCAUGGCAGAUGGCACACACACCCUCCGCCCCCUCUUCAACCCCAGUACUCCUGCUCUUCGAUGAUGGGCGCUGCUGGUUGGGGUCGUCGGCCUGGCGCGGCGACGACACGGCGGCCGAGAAUGGGACGGACGGCUCGGCUGCCGCGGGCGAGAGGGGGACGGUGGGGGAGUUGGGUGCGUGGUAGCCCUUGAGAAGGGCUCUCACAGCGGAAUCCAUGUGCACUACCAAGGAGGUAGAAUACCGGAGCUCCCUGCAGUCAAUGAACAAACAGACACAUACAUACAUACAUCGAGUGGAAUGGCUACCUCCCUCCCUCCCUCUCCUCUCCUCUCCCUCUGCUGCGAUCUCUCUCUCACUGACUUGAGGGACAGCCCGAACCCCAUGCGCAUGUGCGGCGCGUAUAUCUCCUCAUCAUCGUCCCCCAGGCCCCCCUCGUCCAGCUCCCCCUCAUCCGGCGCAUCAUCGAAAAGGAACCCCUCACGGUCGUCGUCCAGGUCGACGGGAUUAGAGAGCUCCCGAAGAUGUGGCGGGCUGCGCUCUCGCUGCCCGUCCUGCUGCUCGUUUAGCUCUCUCCACCCGCGGAGACUCGGACCGGGUCCCAUCGGCCACCAAACCAUCGAAUCUGUCUCCCGGUUUGCCCGCAUCAGCGGCGCGUGUGGGUCCUCCCUAUCGUCUGCUGCUGCUGCUGCUGCUGCUGGUGCUGGUUCUGCCGCCGACCGCGCCCUGACCUCGGUCGCCGGUGGUGCUGGUGCUGGUGUUGGUGUUGGUGAGAACCAUCGCUGCUGGCCGCCGCCCCUCUCCGCGAAGAACGCCUGUGCAAGCAGCACAGAGGGAUCCACCCGAAGGCCCGGGGACCUCUGCACAUCAGCCGACGAUGCUUGAGCCGGUGGUGCACCACCGCUCAUCUCGUGUCGACGCCGAUGCACCACCGGCGAGUCGAAUGUUUCGAAUCCGCCAGCAUUCUGUUGACCAUUGAAUGACACACGCCCGUUGCCAUGUUGGCCGCAAGCGAAUGGCGGAGGUCCCUGUUGUCCUUGCUGUUGGCUGUGGUUGUGUGCCGGCGAACCGUCGGGUGUGUCGGGUCCGAUGAGCAGCGGCAGCGGGGGAAGGGGAGGGGGAGGGAGGUAAGGACCCACCGCGGCCGCAUCGGCGGGAGGCGGCGGAGGGCGGUACCCAUAGACAGCAGCGUCGUCGUCAGGGUCUGGCGGCGCGUAUGGGAUAGGGGGGCCGCUGCUCGUAGCGAGUGUUCUCGGGUUGCUGGUGUUGCUGUUGCGGGGUUCCUCUUCUUGGUGCACGGUCAGCGUUCGUCCGCUGAGCUGCUGGUGCAAGAUGAUCUCGUGCUGCAGCACCUGCUGCAACACCUCAUGCACCGCGCCAUCCCGUGGAUGCAUGGACAUCACAGGGGGAGAACCGUACAGGCGUAAAGUGCCGUCAGGUUGUCUCGACGCUUUGACGAUGGAGCACCGGCGAAUAAGGCUGACAGAAUAGACAGCUGGGAGAGAGCCUUUGGAGCAGAAUUGGCG